AUGUUACCAAGCCCUGCCACAUCCACACCGUUCUCAGUAAAGGAUAUACUGAAACUGGAGCACACCCAACAGCCUGCUGCCCAGAGGGAGACUUCACCAUUAUGUACAAGUCCUGGUACCCACCAUACCGCAGAGGAACAUACAAACUAUGCUCCCAGCAGGGGCAAAGAGGCAGGAGAGGGGCGUGAGACCCUGAGAAGAAAUUGUGAUUCUUCUCUGAGCGACACUGAGGAGCAAAGUAGUUUUGUGGGCGCAGUGAAAAGAUUGGAGACCACAGAUCACCCCCAGACAAGACAGAGAAGGAAACCCAGGGUUCUGUUCUCCCAAACCCAGGUAUAUGAGCUGGAGAGAAGGUUCAAACAGCAAAGAUAUUUAUCUGCCCCAGAGAGGGAACAACUGGCUAAUCACCUGAAACUUACCUCAACCCAGGUGAAGAUAUGGUUUCAGAACCGUAGGUACAAAUGUAAGAGACAGAAACAAGACAGAUCUCUGGAACUAGCAGGACAUCAAAUUCCACCACGCAGAGUGGCAGUGCCAGUUCUUGUCAGGGAUGGCAAACCAUGCCUAGGCAAUUCUCAGACUUUCCCUGCCUCCUACAAUGUCGCUGCCAAUACCCUCCCUUACACAGUCUGCUAUGGGACCUACAGCAGUGGUCAUUACUAUGCCACCCCUGCAGUGUCAGUUAGUGCCACCCCAGCAGGGCAGAUGGAUAUUACAGUUAUGCCUAGCGGAUCCCAGCAUGGCAUCAGAGCCUGGUGA